AGCUGACACCUGGUUAUAUACACAGGAAGGAUCCCUAAGUCUUAAUCAGAAAUCAGUAGAAAAAAAUCACCGGUCCGAUCUGAACCGAAGGGGCAGCCGAGGCGCAAUGACUUCCAGUAAGAUUGAACUGCCGGGAGAAGUCAAGACAGACCCCGCCGCGCUCGUGGCUUCGCUCCACCUCGUGCCCUCGCCAGUUCCCAACCUGGAGAUCAAGCAUACGAAGAUUUUCAUCAACAACGAGUGGCAGAACUCAGUGAGUGGAAAGACCUUCCCAACCUACAACCCUUCCAAUGGAGAGAAGAUUUGUGACGUGCAGGAGGCAGAAAAGGCCGAUGUGGACAAGGCAGUCCAAGCUGCCCGCUUGGCCUUUUCCCUGGGGUCAGUGUGGAGGAUAAUGGAUGCGUCAGAGAGGGGGAGGCUGCUGGACAAACUGGCCAACCUGGUGGAGAGGGACAGAGUCCUGUUGGCGACACUGGAAUCGCUGAACAGCGGGAAACCGUUUCUCCAGGCUUACUAUGUGGACCUUCAGGGAACCAUAAAAACACUGAGAUAUUUCGCAGGAUGGGCCGAUAAGAUCCAUGGCAUGACCAUCCCCAUGGAUGGGGAUUACUUUACAUUCACGAGGAACGAGCCCAUCGGCGUUUGUGGACAGAUCGUCCCAUGGAACUUCCCGCUGCUGAUGGUGGCCUGGAAGAUCGCCCCAGCGCUUUGCUGUGGAAACACAGUGGUUCUCAAACCCGCUGAACAAACACCGCUGAGCUGCCUCUACAUGGGAGCCCUCAUCAAAGAGGCUGGCUUUCCACCAGGAGUUGUCAAUAUUUUACCAGGAUUUGGGCCAACAGCAGGAGCUGCAAUAGCGAAUCACAUGGGCAUAGACAAAAUCGCCUUCACGGGAUCAACUGAGGUUGGGAAGCUGAUCCAAGAAGCAGCUGGAAGGAGUAAUUUGAAGAGAGUAACGCUGGAGCUGGGAGGAAAGAGCCCCAACAUUAUUUUUGCAGAUGCAGAUUUGGACUAUGCCGUGGAGCAGGCUCACCAGGGAGUCUUCUUCAACCAGGGGCAGUGCUGCACUGCCGGCUCCCGCGUGUUUGUGGAGGAGCCCGUUUAUGAGGAGUUUGUGCGGAAGAGCGUGGAGCGUGCCAAGAGGAGAGUUGUGGGAAGCCCCUUCGACCCCACCACCGAGCAGGGACCGCAGAUCAGCAAGGAGCAGCAGAGCCAAAUCUUGGAGCUGAUCCAGAGCGGGAUCAGCGAGGGAGCGAAGCUGGAGUGCGGUGGCAAAGCCAUAGGGAGGAAGGGAUUCUACAUUGAGCCCACUGUGUUCUCCAACGUCAGGGAUGAGAUGCGGAUUGCAAAGGAAGAGAUUUUCGGACCAGUUCAACAAAUCAUGAAGUUUAAAUCCAUAGAUGAAGUGAUUGAAAGGGCCAACAACUCUGAAUAUGGCCUGACAGCAGGAGUCUUCACAAGAGAUAUAAACAAGGCCAUGACCGUCUCAACAGCCAUGCAGGCUGGAACAGUAUGGAUAAACUGUUUCAACGCUCUGAGUGCCCAGUGUCCGUUUGGAGGAUUCAAAAUGUCUGGCAUCGGAAGAGAAAUGGGCGAAUACGGACUGAGAGAAUAUUCUGAAGUGAAAACGAUCACAAUAAAGGUACCCCAGAAGAACUCCUAGGCUGCUGGACCUCCACCACCGUGACAAGGAGGGGUGACUCUUGAGUGCAUCACUAAUUGUCUCCAUUUAAGCACUCUGUGGGAUGGCUGAAGAGGACCCAAGCAACAAUGUGACACUAUUCAGACAUUGCAUCUGUGGCUCAGCCUUACAACAUUACUGUGGACUGCUGCUCUCAUCAUGAGCCUUGUCCCCUGUGCUUAAGUUAUUUUUAAUGUGCAGGGUGGGGAGAAGGCUGUAGAAAAGCUGAAGCAGUGCAUAAAGCAUUUUAAUAAGCUCGACUACAUGUCGACUUCAUUUCAACUUUCAGUACUUGCUGAUUUAGUUACAAAUCAGCACCUCUCACCUUACCCUAAGUCAAUCGAUAACAUCCUACUGUUAACACUAGUUUAUUCGAAUUAACAGUUCUUCUUUGACCACUUACACUGUAUAUUACCCUUUAUUGAUAUAUUUUUCAAAUGUUUUGAUAAAAUGUACAAAGAAAAAUGGCUAACUUUUAGAAAACCUUUUACUCAAACCAGGAAAAAAAAAGAGUUGAUGCAUUUUAUACAACAGUGAUUGUUAAAUUGAUGUUCAGUUAUAAACAUGUAUACAAUUAUGUACUAUGAAAGUAUAAGAGCUAAAAUAUAAAAUAUUUUCUAUAGAUUUUUUCAUUAAAAACAUUUUUCCAAA